AUGGGGCUGGACCUGGGCUGGGCCGCGCUCGUGCUGCUCUUCGCCGCCUCGUUGCUCACCGUGGCGGCCUGGCUGCUGCAGUACUGGCGGUCCUCUGCCCUGCGAGCGCUACGACGUCGCGGAGCGGCGGCGGAGGAGACCGGGGCCCGGGCGCUGCUCGCGGCCCUUCUCGCCCUUAGGUCCCUACGGGAGCAGUGGCAGCGAGCUUGGGUGCGAGCUCUCAACAGCCAGGCGCGCCGGCACGGGAGUUCAGUGCAGAUCACAUUUGAAGAGGGUCCUCAGUUACCACAAGCAGCAAAUAUAAGUUGUGUGACAUGCAAGGGACAGUCAGACCACAGGAUGGUGCUGUGCUGCCAUCUGUCAGCUGAAGCUGUGAAAUUCCCUGUCUCUGUUAGUCAGCAGUCCCCGGCUGCUGUUUCUGUGGACACGUAUCAUGUCACUUUGGCUGUGCUGCAGUCUCAGGUGGAGAUCCACUUGGAGGAGAUACAGAAUGAGGGUCUCCUGGUGUCAUGGACGUUUAAAGACAGACCAGACUUGGACCUUUUGGUUCUUCCGCGACUUGAGCUUCCUGAGAAGGAUGAAGGGAGAGUGGAUCUGUCCACUAUAAAGGAUCUGAUUGAGGAUACCAUUGUCACCACGAAGCCAGCCGUGAUGGUGAAUUUGAUGGCCUGCAUCACUGGAGCCAGUGCGGUACCCAGCAAUAAGUUGACUCAAGAGUCCCCGUCCAGAGUAGCAGCCGCCCCUCUGGGUUCUAAGCUGUUGCUCCGGAAACUUCGAGUGCUGAACUUGGGCUGCCAGGGGAAGGGAGGAGCUGGGGAGAUACGCUGCAUGGCAGAGCUGGACAGCCCUCCGCAGAAGAAGUGGACGAGGCCGAUGACAGGUGUCAGUGUCAGUGCUGCAGGAGAGAUGGAGUGGAAUGACGAGUUCUUUCUGGACUUGGGACCUAGAAGCAAAGAACUGAAGCUACAGGUGCUGGGGAACAGCAGCGGAGGGGGAAAUGUGCUGCUGGCAUAUACCACACUUUUGAUAGAUUCUUUGGGCAAGCAGCCAUCUGGGAGACAGGUCUGCUCACUGGCCCCAGGAGCUGGACAGUCACUAGCAGCUGAAGCUACCAUUACAUUGGAGCUGCAGUUCCAGGAGUGUCCUGCAUCUUUGAAUGCUCCACAAGCCACGUCUCUGCGAACCAGCAUCACCCCCACUAAGAAGGUGGAGAUGGACCGGACCAUCAUGCCCGAUGGCACCAUCGUGACUACUGUCACCACAAUUCAGUCCCGGCCCAAGGCAGACUGCAAACUGGAUUCACCAUCGAGGUCGCCUUCCAAAGUGGAAGUGACUGAAAAGACAACAGUGCUCUUGGAGACCAGCUGUCCUCAUGGCCACUUGCCCAGCGGUAGCCGGGAUAGCCAUAUGCCCAAUGGCUUGGAUCCAGUGGCUGAGACGGCAAUCAGGCAGCUAACUGAAACGAAUAACAAGACCAUCAAGAAGACGCCAACAAAACGUAGUACACUGAUCAUCUCAGGAGUGUCCAAGGUACCUGUUGCUCAAGAUGAAAUGGCACUUUCUCUGGGUUAUGCUGCAUCCCUGGAGGCCACAACAUAUGGGGACUCUGAGCCAAAGGGCACAGCUGACCAUAUGCUUGAUUUUACCAAAUUGUCACGGCAACUGGAAGUGUCACCACUGGGACAAAGGGACAGUCAGGAGCUGGAUGAGACAACGCAAUCAGACAUCUCUGAAAGACCAUCCGUGGAAGAUGUUGAGUCUGAAACUGGCUCCACAGGAGCCCUUGAGACGAGGAGCUUGAAAGAUCACAAAGUUAGCUUUCUUCGGAGUGGUACCAAGCUCAUCUUCCGGAGAAGGAGCAAGCAGAAGGAAACCGGCCUGAGCCAGUCACACGAUGACUUGUCCAAUGUCACUGCCAGCUCCACCACCAGAAAGAAAACUGGUAGCUUCUCUCACCGCCUCAUCAAACGCUUCUCCUUCAAGUCAAAAUCCAAACCCAAAGGUAGUGACCACACAUCAGCUGGUGAGAACUGAUGGAGGGAAAAGCCCAUUGGAAAGAUUUCUCAGAGAUCAUUUUCUAGUCUCUUGUCUUCCCACUCCAUGGUAUCUGUGACUUGCAGUCCAGUUCUUUCCAACCUUGGCUGAGGGAAGACACCCCAGUGCUUUAUGCCAUUUGGGGAGCGGAGAUGGCAAACCCGGGACUUAGGCUGUUUGGCUGCCUUGGCUUAGCCUUCUCUGCUUGUUGCACCCCACUGUGCUCUCCUAGAAAAUCCAGGUGGCGUGCUAAUCCUCCUGGGGGUCCCAGGAACUGCAGAAGUGACUCCAUCCAUGUGUGUAGCCGUCUGGCAUCAUCAGGCGCCUCAUGGAAACGGGGGGCAGGUGUCUCAAGUCGUGACCUUCAGAGUUAAAAUCAAGAAGCUAUUGGGUUAGCUACAGUGUCGAGAAGUGUGGGAUGUAGCCUCACUCAGCUCUUCUUGUGACAGAGAAUGAUGUCGUCACUGAUUAUCUAAACACUAUUGCUUGUGCUGGGUGCAGAGGCCAUAAUCUGAGGUGCGCUGCAAGGUGAUGCAUUCCUGGGCUGUGAGCUGUCAGAAGAUGGCUGUCAGCUGGCAGUGUUGCGCUCCUCCAUCUGGCUCUGCCAUUGGAACAGUGGUUUAGACAGCACUGAGGAACCCCUGUUUUCUGUGCUGUGUUGAAGGAAGAAGUCUCUAAGAAGAAGGAAGUUUUAUCCUCUGCACAAGUUUUCACAGGAGCCUGGACCCUCACAAGAAUGCCUGGUCAGUGCUGUCAGUUCUGUCACCCUGUGCAGCCACCCCGUGACACAGCGCUCCUUCCACAUUUGUGUUUCUUGAACAGGGAAGGCCCUGUACUGAAUGCACAUACCAGCUAUUUUAUGAGCAGAUCCCUUAUUCUUGGGGGUAGUUGGGGAUGUUACCAAAGGGCUGCCAGGCUGUCUUCCAGACCUGCCGAGCAUCCAGUCUCAUGCUGUCACCGUUGUCAUCUUAAGGACUGGCACCAUGCACUGGAUGUAUGGCAAGGAAUAAGGCAAGGAAUAUAGUGAAAGGCAGUCUAAUGGGGAGCCUGAAGGCACAUGGCAGAAAGAGGCAAAAGUUAGUCCUGACUAUGAGAGCACAUGUGGCUCUUCCUGGUUUCUCAAAGGAUGGUAAUGAAUCAUCCUCGUGGUAGAGGUGCGAUUAUUGGUAUGAGAAACAAUUUGUCUAUCCCAAUCUUCUCAGAUGGAACGAGAAGGUCACAUAGGGUUUUGUUCUCCAGAAGCUGCAAAGAUGAAGUCCCUGGGAAUUUUCCCCCAUAGCAUGGCUGCUUUAAGAAACGCCUUUUCUAUUUAAUCCCCACUUGUGUUUUUGGCUUUAGGACAGAAGAAAUGCUGUUUGAAAUCUACUUUCCCUGUUUAACUUCUAUAGAUACCUGUGCCCUUGCCUUGGUGCUGCUGUAGGCUCUGUGGUGUUUCAUAAUGCCUGGGACCACAGAGCAACCCCAUGAAUGGCGCAAGCCACCAUCGAACUUUUUAAGCUCGAAUGAUCUGCAGUUGGCAGAUUGUUGUCUCAGGGUAGGCUCACUUAUUUGCACCUUGUGAAAUUGGUCCUUGACCGAAUAUAUUGUGGAAGAGGAGCAGCAGAGCAGUGGGCUUGAAUGCAUGGAGGCUUCAACCUGCAUAUGAGGGCGUGCAUUCUGGAUGCUGUGUUUUGCUAGUGGCUGCACAAGCAGAACAGUGACUUGUAAGUGAAGCCAAAGUAGGCAUUGUGUUGGGAUUGUUUUAGGUUUUUGUUUGUUUUGGUUUUCUUGGAGGGUUUUUUGGUUUGUUGGGGGUUUCUUGUUUGUGGGUUUUGUUUCUUUUGUUUGUUUCCUAUCUUGGCUGAACAGAUUUACUAGAAUUUACCUAUGUUGUGUUUUUUUACUUCUCUGAAGAAUAUAGAUUUACACUAGCUGUAAGCAUGCUUGUAAGUAUAUUUCUGUCUGGGUACAUCUCCGUAUGCUUCGGCAAGGCUGUUUGGGAGUCUCAUCAUCCACAAAGCCCUCAGUGUUGGCCCAUGAGAGAUAUCCUCUUGACUCAGUGGAGAACGGACACAGGUAAAAAUGAAGGGAACCUCAAAGCCUCAGUGUUCUGAGGGUGCCGUAUGAUUUAGCACGAUGGAUGUCUGAGGCCAGAGGAAUUGGGUGCACGGGUGUAUGUUUGUACGUGCUUAUAAUUAGGGCAUACUCUGCAAAUGCCUAUACCGGUAACGGUGCAGUGUGACUGAGGACGACAGUGCUGAUCGAUGGGACAGAAGAGUGGCCAUGCCAGCUUCUGUGGCCUUCAUAUCCAUUUCUUGCACAGACUUCUGCAGGGGCAGAUCUGAGCAAGCAAGUCCAAUUCCUGCCCCUGUAAACAUCCUCAUGCUGCUCAUGCAGUUGAGGGUGGGGUUUUAGGCCGCUUGACUGAAAUGGGGAAGAGCGAGGGGAGACUACUUGGGUGGAGAGCAAGUUCAGUGCAGGGGAAUAUAAUGAAAACUUCAAACCACGAGCACAUGCUAUAUUUUUAGACCAGAACUGGGCGUAUGGCAAAUGUUUCUGUUAUCUUUUUUGGCCUUAGUGAUGCAAUACUUUCUCUUGGGUCAUUGCUUGCUAAACCUACAGAGAAGUAAUUUCUGGGUAGCUCUGGAAAUGCUUGAGUAUUUGGAAGGUUGUUGUCUGUGGUCUUUUUGCAUUGUUCUCUCCAUCCCACCUCGCUUACUGCAAGGUCACGGCGAAUCUCAGGAUAGAGUAACAGUCCCAGUGGUGAUCAAACUUCUGGCAAGGGUAUGCUUGUGAUAUUGCAGGUCCUUCUACAGGCACAACUGCUCCAUAUCACUUUUCCUUGCUUUGUAAGGUACUGGACCAAAUACCCACGUGGAAUUUGAAUUAGUGCCCUCCUUGUGUGUGCUCUUUUGUACUUUCAUGCUUUCUGUCCGGGUGGAUUAUUUUGACCCCACAUUGUUCAGGUAGGAAAGAAUUGGAACUGUGUAGCUAUUAAUAAUGAAACUAUGAACUAUGUAUGACUAAAUGAAGUACUUGUACCUUUGUAAAUCUUGAAGAAAAAAAUCUAUUGCUGUGUAAUGGCUGAAUCUGUUAACUUAUUAAACCACAUGAAAAUUAAAA